AUGGCCGCCCACGCCCACCACCACUACCAUGCUCACGCCGAGUCGACGCCGCUCAUCCACGCCUCGCGCAACGCCGCCCUUGCUGACCAGCGCCGCCGCCGCGAGAACCGGACCUGCCGCCGCUUCUUCCUCAUCGCCGUUUCCUGCAUCGCCCUCUGGGGCCUCUUCUCCUUCUUCUUCCACGCCCUGUUCGUCUGGCCCUACCACUACCACCGCCCCCACGACGGCCGCCACUCGGCCAGCGACCGCGACGGCGGCGGCGUCCUGACCUAUGACCAGCUCAAGGCCAUCCUUCUCGACACGCCCAACUCUGAAAAGGCCCGCGAAUGGAGCAAGUACUACACCGCUGGCGCCCACCUUGCCGGCAAGAACUUUUCCCAGGCCGACUGGACCCGGCAAAAGUGGGAGUCUUGGGGCGUCUCCUCUAGCAUUGCCGCCUACGAUGUCUACAUCAACUACCCCGUCGACCACAGCCUGUCACUGCUCAAAAAGGCCAAGGGCCAUUCCGGCGCCUGGGACGUUGCCUUUAAAGCCUCCCUCACCGAGGAUAUCCUCGACGAGGACCCCACCAGCGGUUCGCCCGACCGCAUCCCGACCUUUCACGGCUACUCGGCCAGCGGCAACGUGACGGGCCAGUUCGUCUACGUCAACUACGGCACGUACGCCGACUACGAGGACCUGGUCCGCGCGGGCGUCGAUCUGCGCGGCAAGAUUGCCGUGGCCAAGUACGGCGGCAUCUUCCGCGGCCUCAAGAUCAAGCGCGCGCAGGAGCUCGGCGUCAUCGGCGUCCUCAUCUACAGCGACCCGGGAGACGACGGCGAGCUCACCGAGGAAAACGGCUACAAAGCCUAUCCGCACGGCCCCGCGCGUCAGCCCAGCAGCGUCCAGCGCGGCAGCGUCGAGUUCCUCAGCACCCGCCCGGGCGACCCGACCACCCCCGGCUACCCCUCCAAACCCGGCGCCCCGCGCGCGCCCCCCAACGACGUCAUCCCAGAGAUCCCCUCUAUUCCAAUCUCCUACGUCGACGCCCUGCCCAUCCUCAGGGCUCUCAACGGCCACGGACCCAAUGCGAGCGACUUUGGCAAUCCCUGGACGCGUAACCUCGGCCUCGUCCACAAGGGCGUCAAAUACAACGUCGGCCCGUCCCCCGCCCACCUCGCCCUCAAUCUCUACAACGAGCAAGAGUACGUCACCACCCCGCAGUGGGACGUUAUCGGCAUCGUCAACGGCACUGUCCCCAACGAGGUCAUCAUCAUCGGCAACCACCGCGACGCCUGGAUCGUCGGCGGCGCCGGCGACCCCAACAGCGGCUCCGCCAUCCUCAACGAAGUCGUGCGCAGCGUUGGCGUCGCCCUCGAGGCCGGCUGGCAGCCGCACCGCACCAUUGUCUUUGCCUCGUGGGACGGCGAGGAGUACGGCCUCAUCGGCAGCACCGAGUGGGUGGAGGAGUACCUCCCCUGGAUCGACGACGCCAACGUAGCCUACAUCAACGUCGACGUCGGCGCCGCGGGCCCCGUCUUCCAGGCGUCGGCUGCGCCGCUGCUCAACCAGGUUCUACGCGACGCCACCCGUCUCGUGCCCUCGGCCAACCAGACGGUCCCCGGCCAGACUAUUGGCGACGUCUGGGACGGCCGCAUCAGCACCAUGGGCAGCGGCAGCGACUUUACCGCCUUCCAGGACUACGCCGGCGUGCCCUGCAUCGACAUGGGCUUCAAGGGCGGCCCGCGCGACCCCGUCUACCACUACCACUCCAACUACGACAGCUUUGCAUGGAUGGAAAGUUUUGGCGACCCGGGCUUCCGCUACCACCGCAGCAUGGCCCAGCUCCUCGGCCUCCUCGUGGCCGAGCUCGUCGAUAACCUUGUCAUUCCCUUUCAGGCCGCCGAGUACGCCGACGCCCUCGGCACCUACCUCGAUCAGGUCGAGAACAAGCUGCGCCACUACGACUACCGCGACGGCGACGACAACAACCACCAUGCCGCAAUUGACUUUGCGAGCAUGGACGACGAGACGCUAUUUCUUGAACGCGGCCGCGUCGGCAGCUUCCAAGCCAAAGACGACGUGGUGACGGUCAACGCCGACGCCUUUUGGACUAGUCUGAGAGAUAUGCGCCUGUCGCUGGCGCGCUUCCGCAUCGUCGCCGGCGAGCUGGACGAGCAGGCCGAGCACGCGCGCGAGGCUCUGGACCGGGGCCUGCCGUGGUGGAACAUUGUCGGCAAGAUUCGCCUCGGCGUCACCAUUCUCCUCGUCAACCACAAGUACAAGGAGCUCGAGCGCUACUUUUUGUUCGAGGGAGGCUUGGACGGCCGUAGCUGGUUCAAGCAUGUCGUGUUUGCGCCGGGUCUGUGGACCGGCUACGCUGGUGCCGUUUACCCCGGAUUGAUGGAGAGCAUCGAUGCCAAGGACUACAGCAACGGCCUCAAGUGGUCUGGCAUCAUCAACAAGUGCAUUCGCAGAGCGACCAAGAGCCUACAGUAG